GUUCGGAUAUGUUUUGUACCACCUUACAAGACCCAUUUAGAUAUUUUUUACAUUUCAGAUCGGAUACUGAUCGGAUUUUUUGGUUCGGGUUCGGUUCGAAUUUCGGGUUAUAGAUAUUAUGCCCAGGCCUAGUGUUAUUGUUCAAAGAAUCACUGUAACUCACAACUAUAGCUCUCUAAAAUUAAAGCAUUGAUUUCAUAUUUGUUCCUACUUGGUUUUCGUCUAUAAUUAAAAUUUAUUUCAUAACUAUUUCUAUGAAAACUUUAUUGUGUGAUUUAACUUAAUCAAACUCACUCGAACGAUAAUAUAAUUUAUGAUCCAUCCCAAAACGUUUUUGGUUUAGUCACCGACCCUGUAUUAAAACAGUUACUUAAAUCUCAACAAAUCCUAAACAAUAAAAUCCAAACUAAUUAUACAAUCUUUAAAUAUCCCUUGAUAAUUAUCUACUUCUAUUUCAGACAUUUUUCCUUUUCAUCACGUUGUGCAAAAGAAAAAAAAAAAAUAAAGCAGCUCUCCUCGUAAUAGUCUGGCUUGUGGUUUUUGGUUCCCAAAAAAAUUAUACAAGUUUAUCAGGGCCUUAAUUAUGACGACGGCUUUUGUUCCACUAUUUGAUGGGAGUCAUUAUGAAUGUUGGAGUUUAAAAAUGAAAACGUUUUUGAAGACUAUCGAUCUAUGGGACGUCGUGGAGACAGGAACUCAGCAAGAACCGCUGCGUGAGAGUUCAUGGUCAUCGAAUGAAUUCGAUGGAGAAUGUUAUGCAUCAUCAGCUGCUGAUUACUAUUCAGCAUGUUGGAAACAAUAUAUGGAAGCAAAAGACGUAAACGCACUUUAUUUAAUCCAAACUGCAUUAAGCCAUGAGAUUCUUCCAUGGAUAGCUUUUGCUACAUCAUCAAAGGAAGCAUGGGAAAUUCUGUUAGUGAAAUCAGUAGGUGGUCCUAUAUUUCAAGCUAGAAAGCUAUCUGAUCUCCAGAAAGAGUACAAGGAUAUGACAAUGAUGGAUUCGGAAACGAUUCAUGAAUUCACUGGAAAACUAAUGGAGCUUGUGUUUCGUAUGAAGUCGUGUGGGUGGAAGGUUGAAGAUAAAGAAUUGGUGAAGAAGAUUAUAUCCUCAUUACCUUCAAAAUUUGAUAAAGUCUUGGUGGAUAUUGCGGAAACACUUUCGAUUAGUAUCCUUAUCGAUUGUUUGCUAGUUCAUGAAUACAAUAUUAUGAGACAGGUUCAAGAGUACUCUUUGGAAGAAUCAGUUGCUGACAGUGUUGAUGUGGAAGAAAGUCUUCAAGAAGAAGCUGAAAUAUUAUAUUCUUUGAAUGAGAUCACUCAAUGCCAAGUGGCAUCCAUGGAGAGACAAGGAGAAGUGUUGUCGGUGGUGCAGGAGAAUCGAAAAAUGCUUAUGCAGCUGCAAAAACAAAUGGUGGCCUUAAUGCAACAUACACUCUGAGUAGUUGCAAAGACUUGGUUGGUUUGGUUUUGGUUUCGUCUUUUUUUUUUGUUCUUUUUAUUGGUUUGGCUUUUUUUCUUCUCUUUUUUUUCUGAAAGUAAUAACUAUGACACGUGACUAUUUGAAUUACUGUGGGUUUUAUUCUUAUUAGGUGGAUAUUAUUUUAUC